AUGUCUCAAGGCAGAGCAAGAGUCAUCUCUACCGAGCCCCUGCCCAACAGUGAGGCCGAGUGGAAGAGACUAGUCAAGACAACCUACAUCGGCCAGGACGGCGUCACCCGGACAUGGGAACAUGCGGAGCGGACCACUCGUCCCAAGGGUAGUGACUUUGACGGCGUGAGCGUCAUUGCUAUUCUUGGAAAGGACACUGGCCGCGAGAUCCUUCUCGAGAAGCAAUACCGUCCACCUCUUGAUCGGAUCUGCAUCGAGCUUCCAGCUGGUUUGGUGGAUAAAGGCGAAACGGCCGAACAGGCAGCUGUCCGGGAGCUCAAGGAGGAGACAGGCUAUGUUGCGCAAGCUUUGACAACGUCGCCGAUUAUGUUUAACGAUCCCGGAUUCUGUAAUACGAACUUCAAAGUAGUCGAGGUCAGCGUUGACAUGAGCCUGCCAGAGAACCAGGAGUUGAAACCUGAGCUCGAAGAGAACGAAUUCAUCGAGGUCUUUAGCGUUAAGCUCGUCGAUUUGUGGGACGAAUGCGUCAAAUGGGAGGCUCAGGGGUAUGCGCUUGAUGCGCGCCUGGCCAGUUUUGCCAAGGGUAUUCAAAUUGCAAAGAAAUACGGACUGUAA